GAGGGCGGAAGUGAGAGGAGGGGGAAGUGGUGAGAAGGAGGAAGGAAAAAGAGGAUUAAUAAACCCUGAAAGAAGUCAUUUUCCCUCUGUCAAGUUGAAGUCCGGACCGCUGUGGAGGGAGGAGGGCUCCUGUGGUGUUCCAGGGGGGAAUGGACACCCACGUCAAGGAGGGACAGCUUUAUUUGCAGCAUCAGAAGUUUGGGAAGAAAUGGAAGAAGAACUGGUUCGUCCUCUACCCCGCCAGCCAGAACGGCAUCGCGCGCCUCGAGUUCUUCGACUCGCCGUCGGGCGGAGGCGGCGGUUCGGGCGGCGGCUCCGGAGGCGGGGCCAACGAGAAGACCAGGAAGCUGGACAAGAAGAUCAUCCGCCUGUCCGAGUGCAUCUCCAUCCUGCCCGCUCUCAUGGAGAGCUGCCCCAAAGACAACAUGGCGGCGUUUUGCGUGGAGACCAACGACAAGACGCACGUGUUCGCCGCAGAAAAGCAGGCCGCCAAGGAGUGGAUGGACACCAUGUGUGACAUUGCCUUUCAGGGAGGAGGCGGCAGCGCCGCGGACUCUAACGGCGGACCUCAGGACCUGCAGAUGUCUGAAAACCUCAUCUACUAUUCCAGAGAGGAGGUGAACGAGUUCUGGGUGAGCGUUCAGCGCACAGAGGCUUCAGACCGCUGCGGACUCGCAGGAAACUACUGGCUGAAAGCCGAACGAGACGUGUUGAUCUUAAGGGAGCCAAAGACGAAGAGGAACGUCCUGGUGUGGCCCUACAAGCUGCUGAGGAGAUACGGGAGAGACCGGAUGAUGUUUUCCUUCGAGGCGGGCCGGCGCUGCGACUCGGGCCCCGGGAACUUCACCUUCGAGACCAAGCAAGGCAACGAGAUCUUCUCGCUGGUGGACCAGGCCAUCCAGUCGCAGAAGGCCCUGGCCGAGGAGCAGCACGUCAGCAGCCCCAUGAGCCUGGACCCGGACUGCCCCACGCUGCAGCAGCACCGGACGGCCGGGGCCCCGGCGGCGGGCAGCGGCGGGGACAGCAGCAGCUGCAGCAGCCGGGAGGCGGACGGCGACUCGGGAGGAAGCAAACCGGGCUCGGCCGACGGCGUGCUGGGAAGGAGGGAGGGCGGGGACGGCGGGAAGGGACAAAUCGGCGGAACGGGACACAAGGGGAGGAGUUUACCGGAGCCUCCGGCGAUGCUGGGGGUAAUGGGGACGAACAGGAAGGGCUUGCCCAACGCCGACGAGCACAUAGGUCUUUAUUCGGAGCCGGCCGAUUCGGUCCGCCUCCCUCUGCACGGCGCCGACGGCCUCUACUCCGAUCCGGUGGACACUCUGAAGAGUCAGAACCAGACCAACAGCGCUCCGGUGCCGACGCCGCGCCUGCGGCCGGCGGGGGACGACGCCUCGGGAGACCACCUCCACGUCGCCGGCAACCACAGGAAGCCGCCCGACCUGUACUCGCACGUGUACGACCAGAUCAGCCUGGAGCUGAGCCAGAAGACGAGCGCGCUGGGUCUGAACGGGGCGGCGGCCGGAGGCGGCCGGGGCGCCAAGAGGAACAGGAAGCCCCCGGGAGGCCGGGCGGAGGGCGCCCCGUCGCCGCCCGCCCUCUUACAGGAGCACAUUUACGACGAGCCGGAGGGCUGCGCCAAAGGGAGCGCCGCCGCGCCGCCCGGCUUGGGCAUGAGCAUUUACGACGAGGCGCGCCCGGAGCCCCACGGCGGAGCCGAGGACGGCUACAGCACGCCGUCCCAGAGGCACUCGCCUCCGCAGCUGGGGAGGGGCCGCGGCAUUCCGCAGCCGCCGGCGCCCAGGUGGCCCAAGCCCGUGGCCACCACCAGGGCGGGCAGGGGCAUCUUCACCCGGAAGGAGCCGGUGCCCCUCCCCCCCGGCAAGCACGGCGGCUCCAACAACAACCUGAACAAUAACAACAACGGCUGGGGCGGCGGCGGCGCCAAGGAUCUGUACAGCAAGGUGUCCAAAGAGAAGCGGUCGCCUCCGAAUCUGGCCCUGAGGUCGCCCGAUAUCAUUUAUGACAAUUUAGGAGACAUUUGACGUUGCGCUUUGUUUAUUUGGAUCAAUUCCCAAAAUCACAGACACGAGGUGAAGAGAAUCGACGGCGGACGAUUCGACAGGAAAUCUCUUGUUGCGAUUUUUUUUUUUUUUUCCAUCUAAAGUGGAUUUGCUCACAAUUUACGGCUGUUUUAAAAGAUGGAGUGCUACUACAGUCGGGCCACCCUGUGUGUGUGAGAGAGAGACAGAGAGAGAGAGAGAGAGAGAGAGUGUGUGUGUGUUUGUAUGGACAAUCCCAUAAUUGGCAUCUCAAGCCACAGUGUGGUUGGAGCCAGCCACUUCAUUUGAACACACACACACACACGCAGAGAGGCAUGGAUUUGCCAACAGGACUCGGCCUCCAGACGAUACUUUUAACAAGCUGAGAGAGCGACGUGCGACUUGGCCGCUGCGCUCACGAAGUGACAGGGAAACAUGUCUCUUUCUUUUGUUUUUUUUUUUUUUUUUUUUUGCACUGCUGCUUUUCUGUUUCUAUGAAAUCCGAGGCAAUGUGACGGCCAGGAGUCACUGUUUGACAGGUCUGGACUUUUUCUCUUCCUGUAUUUGUGUUUUCUGGAUUGGAAUUCACACAUAGAAGAGACGUGGCUGCGUUUGAGGAGCAGCUGCAUGAAAAAAAGUUAAAACUACCACUGGUUUUGGAAGAAAGACGGAAAAGUGGAAGUUUAAGACCCCAUUUAGGUCUUGGAAAUGGACAAACUGCUCAAAAAGGGUUUGGUAGUCCUGUUUUGAACAGUAAAAGGCUAAUUCCAGCUCAAGAUUAUAUUUUUUGACUCCUGUUUUUAUGUAUAGACGAACUAAAGAAGAAACUAAUCAGUCCCCAGCAAUGUGUCAGUGUGUGUGUGAUAGAAACAGCUGUGCUGUCUGUGAAUAUAUAACUAAUAAUAAACCGUAUUUGAAGACCCUUUAAACUGUCGUCCACAGUGAGU